AUGGCACUUUCUAAGAUCAACAGUUGCCUUGACGAGAGUUCAGGUAAUCGGUACCUCGAAGGUCAGUCGUGGAUGUCGAAUGCACGAAAUUGUGCCAAGUGCUAUUGCAUCAACGGAACAGCAGACUGUGAGAGUAGCGUUCUUCAUUGCCAAUCCUCUUGUCUUCCUGGACAGAAACACAUCAGCACUGGACCCUGCUGUGAACACAAGUGUGUUGGUGAUAGUGUUCGAAUUUUUCUUGCAUUCAAUUAG